GCACGUGAGGAUGAUUAUGAAUUAAUACAAGUUUUACUGACAGAUAUUCUGAAGACAAUUGAAAGCUCUAAAAUUCUUGAGAUUUGGUGUCUUACCUUUUCAUGUAGUACAAAAUUUCAAUUUGUAAUAUUAAUCUCAGAUGGUUCACAUAGGUAUACUUGUAAUAUGUUAGUUACACAUAGUUAUCCAUGUCGUCAUUUCUACAAGGAUUUUUUGAUGCAAUAUAAUCCUAUUUCAUUAUGUGUAGAAUCAUCUUCUAAUGAUUAUGCUGUAGCUAAUACUUUUAACCUUGAACAUAUAAAGCAAUUGCGAGGAGGUGAAUUAUAUACUCCACAAUUUUUUACAAGCAAGCAAUUAUCAUUAAAUGAAGAUAAUCAAUCUGAAAAUGCUCCAAUCACCAAUCCUAUUAUUUUCGCAAGAAGAGAAAGGCCUCCUGGUAGAGCGAAAAGUGAUAUUGAAAUUCAAGACUUGAAUACAAAAAAAUGUCACCGCUUGUCCAAUACAGAUACCAAUAUCCAACUUGACAAUAGAAAGCGAUAUAAAAGAUGUAGUGAAAAGAGUCAUAAUCGGGCUAUCUGUAAAGCUGAAAUUUAA